CCUCCUCCUCCUCCUCCUCCUCCUCCCCUUUAUCCUCCUCCUGCAGCACCUACAGGACGGAGGACCACUGCCUGUGUUCAGAGGGAGCAGGAGGAGCAGCACGACUGAAGGGAGGCACCCAUGAGGCGUACCAGCAUGAAGGGAGGAACGAGUGUAUUCGUCGGCGUCAUCGUAGCAGCGUAUUUCUCCGGCAUCGCUGCUCAGAUGACAGCUGGGUCUUCAAACACAGUGUGUGAAAAUGCCACCUUGGCCGACAUCGUCUUCCUGGUGGACGGCUCCUCCAGCAUCGAGAGGACAAACUUUGUGAAGAUCAAAGGUUUUUUAAGCAGCGUCAUCAAGGCCCUCGCGAUCGGCCGGAACAAGGUUCGUAUCGGCCUGGCUCAGUACAGCGAGGAAACUUACCAGGAGUUCCUGCUGAAGGAUCACAUGGACAAGACAUCCCUGCUGGAGGCUGUUAAAAGAAUUCCCAAACGAAAAGGAGGCACGGAAACAGGCAAGGCCAUCGACUUCCUCCGGACGCAGUAUUUCACGGAGGAAGCAGGGAGCAGAGCCGGCCAAAGGGUGCCUCAGAUCGCUGUGGUUAUCACGGAUGGAGAUUCCACGGACGAUGUGACAGCACCCGCCCAGCGCCUGAGGCAGCAUGGGGUCAUCGUGUUUGGCAUCGGGGUGGGAGCAGCCAACCUGCAGGAGCUCCAGUCCAUCGCCAACCGUCCUCCAGAGCACUUCCUGUCCUCCAUCAGUAACUACGCAGCUCUGCAGACACUGAAAGACAGUCUGCUGAAAACUGUGUGCAUUGUUGCUGAGGAUCAGAAGCAAGCAUUGACAGACAGGUAUGCAGAUAUCUUCUUCCUGGUGGACAGUGGCAUGGAUAAAAAGUUGUUCCCGGAGUUCAUAUCUGACAUGGUUAAAUUGAUCGAUCAUCUCAAUGCCACAGCGUCUACCUACCGCAUUGGUUUGGCGCAGUACGGUGAAGACACCAAGAUCGAAUUCCAACUUAACACAUUUAAAACGAAACAGAAAACCAUCGAGGCUGUCAAUCGUUUCCGCCUGCGCCCACCACCCAGCAAACCAACUAACCUGGGCAGUGCCCUGAGGUACGCCAAUGCUCAGUUUUUUGGCCACGGGGCUGGGGGCCGUCUGCAGCAUGGCUCCCGACAGUAUCUGGUUGUUGUGAGUGCAAAAGACUCCAAGGACUCUGUGUAUAGGGACGCUGAAGUGAUCAAAUCCUCGGGGGUAACUCUUAUAGGAAUGAGUGCAGGUGCAAGUAUGGAAGCAAUCGAAUCAUUUGUCAGCACUGGCUACGCAUAUAAUACUUCCAAAGUGUUUAUUUUGAAGGAUGUCAUCUUGACCGAGAAAAAGGACAUCGUUGCUGAAGAAUGCAUUGGAGCCAAUGUGGCAGACAUCGUGUUCAUCGUUGAUGAGUCCUCAAGCAUUGGAAAUGAAAACUUUCGGCUCAUGCGCAAUUUCCUCCACUCGAUCGUGAGCAGCUUGGAUGUAAGUCCGACGAGAGUCCGGGUGGGCAUCGUCACAUACAACAAUAUAACCACACCACGGGUCUAUCUCGACUCUUUCAACCACAAGGACGAAUUGCUGAACUACAUCAAGAUCCUGCCUUACAAUGGAGGUAGUACGAAGACUGGAGGGGCCCUGAAGUUUACUCUGGACAACGUCUUAAUUAAGGGAAAGGGCUGCAGGAAAGAGAAAGGUGUCCAACAGGUGGCGGUGGUCAUCACUGACGGUGAAUCCCAGGAUAACGUGGGCGAAGAGGCAAUUAUUCUGCGUCGAGCCGGCGUCACCAUUUACGCUGUAGGAAUAGAAAAUGCCAGCGAGACCCAACUGCUGGAAAUGGCUUCACACCCUCCUGAUCAGCAUGUUUUCUCUCUGAAAAGUUUCACCGAGCUGAAGCCCCUGAAGCAGAGCCUGCAGAAAACCCUGUGCAAAAACAUAAUUGAUGAAGCAGUCACAAAAAAAUUGAGGACUUCAGAAACCAAAGAAGCUUGUGAAAGAACCAGUGAAGCAGACAUCUUCUUCCUUAUGGAUGACUCAGGAAGCAUUAAUUACCCAGACUUCGAAGACAUGAAGAACUUCGCCAUCGCGUUUCUACAAACCUUCCAAAUUGGGCCAGAACAUGUCCGUAUUGGACUUGUAAAAUAUGCUGAUUUCCCAACUAAGGAAUUUGAUUUGACAACCUACUCUGAUGCCGAGUCAUUAGUGAAAGCCAUCAAAGAUAUAGAUCGUGCUGGAGGUGGGACGAUGACUGGAAAAGCGCUGACAUCCAUGGGCCAACACUUUGAUCAAGCGGCGACCACACGUGAUCAUCAAGUCUCAAAGUACCUGAUUGUCAUCACAGAUGGAAAGUCCACUGACGAGGUGAAAACUCCUGCAGAAGAACUGAGGAAGCAGGGAAUUAUUAUCUACGCCAUUGGGGUGAAAGAUUCAGACCAAAGUCAGCUGAAAGAGAUUGCAGGAGACCCCAAGAAGACGGUCUUUGUCCAUAAUUUUGAUUCUUUGAAAUCCAUCAAAAAUGACAUCACCUCAGAUAUCUGUUCUGACAAUGCUUGCAGAGACACACAGGGCGACAUCUUUUUCCUCACUGACAGCUCCGAGAGCAUCUCGAAGGACCACUUUCAGACAAUGAAAGACUUCAUGAAAUCUGUCAUCAGCAAGUCGGCCAUCGGGAAGAACAAGGUCCACGUCGGUGUCAUGCAGUUCAGUACCAGCUACAAUCUGGAGUUUGCCCUUGACAAACACUACAGCAUAGCUAACAUUUCGAGCGCCAUUGAUAAUAUGGAGCAGAUGAAUGAAGGUACGCACACAGGAAAGGCCAUCAAAGAGGUUUCCAGGUAUUUCGAUGCGGCCCAAGGAGGGCGUCCUGAAAUUAGUCAGAGGCUGAUAGUGAUUACAGACGGAGAGGCCAAAGAUGAAGUCAGGGGUCCCGCUGAGGCUCUGAGGAAAAAAGGAGUGGUGAUCUACGCCAUCGGAGUGAAGGAUCACAACCGCACCCAGCUGCUGGAGAUCAGCGGUUCUUCUGACAGGGUUUAUUCUGAGAAGAACUUUGAUGCGCUGAAAGACUUGGACAGCCAGGUUUCCUUGAAGAUUUGUGAGAAAGAAUGUCAAAUGGAGACAGCCGACAUUAUAUUCCUGGUGGACAGCUCCCAAAGCAUAUCUCAAACACAGUAUGAAAGCAUGCGGAACUUUAUGGCAUCAAUAGUGAACCAAACCCAAGUUGGCCCGCUCUUCACUCAUUUUGGGUUUAUUUCCUACUCCGAAGAACCCCAGGUCCAUUUUAAACUGAACGCCUACUCCUCCAAACAGAAAGUUCUCUCAGCGAUACCAACUGAGAUGCCAUUACAAGGACGCACCUUCACAGGGAAAGCCUUGAACUAUUCUCUAGAGUACUUUAAUGCUCAACAUGGAGGCCGGAAGGUGCCACAGAUUCUCAUGGUGAUCACAAAUGGAGCUGCGACCAUAUCUUCCAACCUAAAGGGUCCGGCUGAUAAACUGCGAGAACAUGGGGUCACGGUCAUCAGUGUCGGAGUGAAAGAAGCCGUUGAGAAAGAGCUGUUGACUAUUGCUGGUGGCGACAACUCCAACGUUUUCUUCGUGGACAACUUUAAGGCCCUAGAAACUCUGUACAACAAUAUGUCUUCUGUCCUCUGCAAAGAGACAAAACAAAAAUGUAAGAAGGCCGACCUCAUCUUCCUACUCGAUCAGUCGAGCAGCAUCAAUUUAGACCAACACAAAAUUAUGAAAAACUUCACGGCAAACGUAGUGAACAGCUUUGACAUCAGUGAAAAGUGGAUUCAUGUUGGACUCGCACAGUUCAGCAAUGAGCCUAAGGAUGAGUUUAACCUCAACAACUACUUUAAGAAGGAGGAUUUGACCAAACACAUCCAAGGCUUGAAUUACACUGGUGGAGACACGAACAUCGGACGUGCCUUGGAUCACAUUAUGGAAUACUUUCAGGAGUUUCGGGGCAGUCGUAGCGGGGUCCCCAAGACCAUGGUGUUGAUCUCAGACGGCGAGUCUCAUGAUGAGGUGGAGGAUGCAGCUGACCGUCUCAGGGAUAUGAACAUCACGUUGUUAGCCAUCGGCGUUGGGGACGUUCACGAACUGCAGCUCUUGCAGAUCACCGGCACCCCGGAGAGGCUGUUUAGUGUGCACAACUUCAACGAAUUGGCAAAUAUCAAGCAAGGUGUGGUCGACGUCAUAUGCGAUGGUCAAGAUCCACCACCAUCACCCCCACCCUCACCCUCACCCCGUCCCCCAACCCCUCGCCCCCCAGGCAAGUGCAGCAUCGAUAUCGCCAUGGGAUUCGAUAUUUCUGAUAGAACAGGAGGUGAGAGGCUGGUCAGCGGUCACAAACAGCUCCAGAACUUCCUGCCGGAAAUCACCAGUUACGUGUCUUCAGUGAAAACCCUGUGUUGCGUCGGCCCUGAUCCUAUCCAGCCCAACAUUGCCUUCCAAGUGCUGGGUGGUGACGGGCGUUUCUUGUACGAUACAGACUUUGAAGCCUACAGCAAGGACGUGGUGGACAAAGUCAUGAACGUGCAGAUGUCAGGGCCUACCUACUUCAAGACUGCCAUGCUUAACUCCUUCAAGCAGAGGUUUUUAAAGUCCAAAGCUGAUGUGAAGGUGCUGGUGAUCUUCUCAGACGGGGUCGAUGAAGACGUGAUGAAACUGAAGCAUGAAGCAGAGCUGCUUUAUCAGUCUGGGGUCAGCGCUUUACUGACUGUGGCCCUGGAGGGGGCCCGGGACCCCACCCAGCUGCAGAUGGUGGAGUUCGGACGAGGGUUCGGUUACAAACUUCCUCUGAGCAUCAGCAUGCCAAGCGUGGGCAGCACCAUCCUCAAACAGAUCGACGCGGUGUCGGACAGGGAGUGCUGUAACGUCAUGUGCAAAUGUUCGGGACACGAAGGCAUCCGAGGCUCUCUGGGCCCACCGGGGUCAAAGGGCAGGCAGGGGCCGAAGGGUCACUUGGGCUUCCCGGGGGAGGAGGGCCAAUCUGGCGGGACCGGGCCUCCUGGACCCAGCGGACCUCAGGGCUUCCAGGGCUGCAGUGGAGCCCUGGGACAUAAGGGCUCCCGAGGCGUCUCCGGGAACAGGGGCGGCGACGGACUGGACGGAUUGGACGGAGUCAACGGAGAACAGGGCCUGACCGGAUCAGAUGGAGCUCAAGGAGAAAGAGGAGACCCAGGAGACCCAGGGAUCCCGGGCAUCAGAGCGGAGGCCGGGGUGAAAGGACAGCGAGGACUGAGCGGAGAUCCGGGGGAGCCUGGUGUUGAUAGCACCAACCCCGGAGCCAAAGGAGACCCCGGAAACCCUGGAUCACCGGGUUUAUCCGGACUGGACGGGGAACCGGGCGGUGCUGGAGUCGUUGGAUAUAAGGGGGCUGAUGGGAGAAGAGGCUCUGUGGGGGAGAAGGGUUUAUCUGGAGGGCCGGGGGUUCGAGGACCUAAGGGCAGCCCCGGUGCUUCAGGUCAACAGGGCCUCAGAGGUGGAGAGGGUGGAAAAGGAGCUAACGGGAUCUCUGGCUUCCCCGGACCUCAGGGGGGGGGGGGACCACCUGGAAACCUGGGGUUAGCCGGAAGCCGCGGCGCUACUGGACAGAAGGGCCAACCAGGAGGGACGGGAGUUAAGGGGGACCUAGGGCCACCGGGGCCCCAAGGACUUCCGAGUCAGGAUGGUAGAGACGGGUAUGGACCUCCAGGACCAAAAGGUGCAAAGGGGGAUCCUGGUUUCCCUGGUAACCCCGGUCUAAUGGGAGAGGACGGUCUGCAGGGAACCAAAGGAUUCCCCGGGGUUACAGGGAACCGAGGGCAAAGGGGGAACUCAGGCAGGCUGGGAGAACCAGGACGGCCUGGAGAGCCAGGACAUCCAGGACACCGGGGUCCCAGAGGUCCUCCUGGAAGCAGAGACAACACUGACUGUGAGCUGAUCUCCUUCAUCAGAGACAACUGUGCAUGUCGUCCCGACGGCUCGUCGUGCCCGGCCUUCCCCACGGAGCUGGUGCUGGGGCUGGACAUGUCGGAGGACGUGACGCCGGCGGCCUUCGAGCGGCAGCGCUCGGCCCUGCUGACGCUGCUGGAGGACGUCUCCGUCUCCGAGAGCAACUGUCCCACGGGGGCCCGCGUGGCCGUGGUGGGGUACAGCGCCCACACCAAGUACCUGAUCCGCUUCCAGGACUACCGGCGCAAGACGCAGCUGCUGGAGCUGCUGAGGAACGUGGCCCUGGAAAGGACGUCCAGCCGGCGGCAGCUGGGGGCCGCCAUGCGCUUCGUGGGGCAGCACGUCUUCAAGCGCGUGCGAGCGGGGGUGAUGAUGAGGAAGGUGGCCGUCUUCCUCUCCAACGGACCGUCGCAGGACGUGGAAGACAUCCUCACCGCCACCAUGGAGUACCGCGGUCUCAACAUCGUCCCCGUCGUCAUCUCGCUGAAGGCCGCUCCUGCUGUCGCCCGGGCCCUGAAGGUGGACGAAUCCGGGGCCUCCAUUUUCACGCUGCUGGGGAGGGACCCGGCCCCCGACCUGAUGAAGGUCAAGAACUGCGCCAUCUGUUACGACCCGUGCCAGCGUUCGCAGCAGUGCUCCUUCAUCCAGGACCCGGUGCCGCCUCAGGAGGCGGAUGUGGACCUGGUUCUGGUGGUGGACAGCUCCAGGGAGGUGCAGGCUGACGAGUAUGCCGGCAUGCAGCAGCUGCUGGGCUCCGUGGUGGAGCAGCUGGCCGUGACCCCCACGCCCCGCAGGACCAGCCCAGGGGCCCGCUUGGCCGUCGUCCAGCAGAGCGGCACCCGGACCCCCAAGGUGGAGUUUGGGUUUGGGACCUUCCAGACCUCCGCCCUGAUGAGGAGGCACCUGAUGAACAUGACGCAGCAGGGCAGCUCCUCGGCGCUGGGCUUCACUCUGGACUUCGCCCUGAAGGAGCUGUUCCCGAAGGCAGUGCAGCCCGGCAGGAAGAGGGCGGUGCUGACCGUGGUGGGAACCAGCACGGCCCUCGAGGACCGGGCCAAGCUCAACUACGUCUCCCAGAAGGCCAAGUGCGAGGGGGUGGCGGUGUUCGUGGUGACGGUGGGCGAGCGCUACGACCGCAGGCAGGUGGAGGAGUUGGCGGGGGGGCCGGUCCUGCAGCACCUGGUCCACCUGGACAGACUGAAGGCCGAGGAGCAGGGCUACACCCAGCGCUUCUUCAGGGUCUUCCUCUCCGCUCUCACCAAGGGCGUGGUAACGUAUCCUCCUCCGUCUCCAACCUGCAGCCAGCUGGCCGACCCGGCGGAGGCACCAAAGCAGGACAUAUACAAUGGUCAGGGCUCUGCGGAGAUCGGAGACAAGCUUGUGGAGAUGUUUGAGGAUCCAACGGGAGGAUGGACUCAGAGCAGACAGCCGGACGGCGAAGACACUUGGAUCACAGGAGACUCGGGAGCUGACAUCAGAGACGUCUGUCUCCUCCCGAAGGCCCCCGGCAGCUGCCAGGACUUCACCCUGAAGUGGUUCUUCAACAGACAGCUGAAGAGAUGCUCUCGCUUCAGGUACGGAGGCUGCGACGGCAACGGAAACCGCUUCGAGACGCAGACGGACUGUGAGAAACUCUGUCUGACUACGAAGAGUCUGUCAGGACCAGGAGGACGAGGAGGAGGGGGAGGGCGCAGGAACGGCUGAAGAAACCCACCGUGGAAUCAGGAAUAUCUUUAACCUGCAAAACACAUCAGACAUCUCAGUGAAACGUUUUUGAGUUGUGAGAAAAAACUGUGUUCAGAGACUUUCAGGGGAAGCAAAUACCAUUUACAUGAACCAAGAACCUUUAGAACCAACUACGGGGGAGGAGAACCGCUGAAGGAAGGAUCGGGCCGCUUUGAAUAUCAGAUGUGUGUCUUGUAUGUUGUACGUCUCUUGUCUGAUUUCUUUGUAUUGUUGAUGGUACCUUAAACAAAGGAAGCAGCUCUGCUCACCCUGUGGUACAUGUAUAACGACCAUGGAGGAUUCUGUUCUUUUCCUGUGUGCUGGUGCCCCCUGCUGCCACAAGGGAGGAAGGAACAUCUGUCUGAUCUGAGGCAAAUACUGUAUUUAACCAUCAAUAAAACCUGGAACAUGA